AUGGACCGACCGAGGGCGGCGCCCCACCUCUGGGGGUGGCUGGUGUUGGGCAACUGCCUCCUAGCCGGAGCACAGCUGGAUUCUGAUGGGACUAUUACUAUAGAAGAGCAGAUUGUCCUUGUGCUGAAAGCCAAAGUACAGUGUGAACUCAAUAUCACUGCUCAGCUCCAGGAGGGAGAAGGAAAUUGUUUCCCAGAAUGGGAUGGACUGAUUUGUUGGCCCAGAGGAACAGUGGGGAAAAUAUCGGCUGUCCCAUGCCCUCCUUAUAUUUAUGACUUCAAUCACAGAGGAGUUGCUUUUCGUCACUGUAACCCCAAUGGAACAUGGGAUUUUAUUCACAGUUUAAAUAAAACAUGGGCCAAUUAUUCAGACUGCCUUCGCUUUCUGAAGCCAGAUAUCAGCAUAGGAAAGAAAGAAUUCUUUGAGCGCCUCUACAUCAUGUACACUGUUGGGUACUCCAUAUCCUUUGGUUCCUUGGCUGUGGCUAUUCUCAUCAUUAGUUACUUCAGGCGAUUGCAUUGCACCAGGAACUAUAUCCACAUGCACUUAUUUGUGUCUUUCAUGCUGAGAGCUGCAAGCAUCUUUGUCAAGGAUAGAGUGGUCCAUGCUCACAUAGGAAUAAAGGAGCUGCAGUCCAUGAUAAUGCAGGAUGACUUACAAAAUUCCAUAGAAGUCCCUUCUGUAGACAAAUCCCAAUAUAUGGGGUGCAAGAUGGCUGUUGUGAUGUUUAUUUACUUUUUGGCUACAAACUACUAUUGGAUCCUGGUGGAAGGUCUCUACCUGCAUAGUCUAAUCUCUGUGGCUUUCUUUACGGACACCAAAUAUCUGUGGGGCUUCACCUUGAUAGGCUGGGGGUUUCCAGCAGUCUUUGUUGCAGCCUGGGCUGUGGCACGAGCAACUCUGGCUGAUAAAAGGUGCUGGGAACUUAGUGCUGGAGACGUUAAGUGGAUUUAUCAAGCUCCAAUCCUAGCAGCUAUUGGGCUGAAUUUCAUUCUUUUUCUGAAUACAGUUAGAGUUCUGGCUACCAAAAUUUGGGAGACCAAUGCAGUUGGGCAUGACACAAGAAAGCAAUACAGGAAGCUCGCCAAGUCCACGCUCGUCCUGGUGCUGGUCUUCGGCGUGCAUUACAUCGUGUUCGUGUGCCUGCCUCACUCCUUCACUGGGCUCGGGUGGGAGAUCCGCAUGCACUGUGAGCUCUUCUUCAACUCCUUUCAGGGUUUCUUUGUGUCUAUCAUCUACUGCUACUGCAAUGGAGAGGUUCAAUCUGAAGUGAAGAAGAUGUGGAGUCGAUGGAAUUUGUCUAUCGACUGGGAAAAGGCGCCCCCAUGUGGCAGCCACAGGUACGGCUCAGCAAUCACUACCAUGACUCACAGCACCAGCAGCCAGUCGCAGAUGGCGGCCAGCACUCGCAUGGUGCUCAUCUCUGGCAAAGUGCCCAAGACUGUCAACAGACAGCCCGACAACCAAGUGACUUUACCCGGCUUUGUCUGGAGUAACUCGGAGCAAGACUGCCCGCCACACUCAAUCCAUGAAGAGGCCAAGGAAGCUAAUGGGAACCAGGGAGAUGAUAUUCCAGUGAAGGAGUCUUCUAGGCCAUUAGAAUUUAGCCUGGAUGCUGAAGGAAGCAAAGGAGAAAUGGAGGAUGUUCUCUGA